UACGGCGUCCGGAUUUCCUGGAGGGGCUGGGGCGUUUCCUGUCCUAAAUUUUAAAAGGAACAAAGUAAAUAAAAACGUGUUGUUGUCGUUUGUGCGCUCUUAAGAGCCGCUCUGCGCGGCCGCUUUGUUCCACCGGCAGCCCUUGGUCCGCUUGCCUGCCUCCCGCAUGUGAGGGAAGGGCGAGGCCUAACAGUCCCUCGAGGUGAGCGGGCUGCGUCGCCAUGGAAACCCGCGCAGCUUCUGCCCAGAGAUGAGGGCUGGCCUGCCGGUGAGGCAAGGUGAGGCGGCAGGAUGCACAGGGGCAGCAGAUCUCAACGUAGACCUUUUCUUUCCUCCCUUCGCUCGCCCCCUUUUCCCUGGCGAGGACCAAGAGAAUGCCAUUUUCAGGUGCCAAAAUCUCUUGGGCCAAACCAGCGCUUUUUUCCCUAAAAAAUGUUUGGGGUACUCUCAUUUUCCUACUCAUGUUGAAAUACUGCCCCUCAAUGAGGCUAAACUUAGAUUCACAAAAUGUUUAGGGGUACCCCUGCUCCCCAGGGCAAAUUGUCCCACCUUUACUUCUGUCAUUUUCCAAACACCUUCUUUCAGGUGUCAAAAAUUGUUGGCAAUUUUAAUGUUCAGAUUUAGGACUUUUUUAAAAAAAAAUCCCACAGAGGACAGUACCUCAGAAACAAAAGCAGCAGAUCCAGCAUUGCAGCAUUUUGGACAGCUUUGCACGCAGCAUUUUGAGAAAACCAAUGGAAGAAAGUGUGUAACGGAUCUCUAGUCAGCAACUAGCUUUAUCUACAGGGUAAUUCUUUCCAAGGCCUCCCUCCCGUAUUCUUCAAAGUUGAGUUCUGGUGGGUUCUGCUGCCCCAGCCACGGUUCGCUGAAUGUGCCAUGUAUUCCUUGGGGCUGGCAAGAGGUGAAGCAUUCCAUAUUUUUACAGGCAAACUAAUAAAUUGUUCAAAUAGGACGAGUUAGGGGAUAGAUCUGGCCCUUGGACUUCCAGCUGCAAAUCCCUACAAUAGAGGACAGAACUUCAGUGCUUUGAAUAGCACUGCAGACUUCUGCUGCAGCUCAUGUUCUAAAGGUAUAAUCCGAUGCAUGUUUGAGCAAAUCCUACUAUUUGAUGGCACUACUAUUUGAUGGCACUUAACUCCCAGGAGAGAGUGCAGCUUUUAGUCAGUUUGCAGUGGCUGUCACACAUUUCAACACGUUGUUGCACCUGCAUUCACACACACAAAAAUUGCAAUUGGUCUUCAUAUUCUGUAUACGAUAAUACUGUUAGGAGUUUGGGCGGCAGGGGUAGGCUUGUAUGCAAGGGCCCCUUCUAAUUCCUGGAUCCAGCAAGUGAUAAAAGUGGUAAAACAAGGAUUCAAAUUCUUGAAAUAAGACAGGCCAGCUUCCUGGUGAGGUAGUGGCCUGAGUAUGGGUCAUUAAGGUAACAAAUGAAGUUGCUCUGUGCCAGAGUGGAGAAUUGAGUUAUAUUGUGAGCUAAAAGCUGGGAGUAAAGCGGCAGGCUGGGAAGCCAGAAAGACAGAAUGCCUGAUUUCUGCUUGAAUCCAAGGUUGUGGCUAUGGGAGAAGCAAGACCUUUUUGGAGUGUUAAUGGUGUGAACCCCUCCAUCGUGGGCUCAGUUUGUAUAUAUGUGUAACUAAACCAUAUAUCAUAAAGACAUCACAGUCUCCACUGUCCCUCAUUCUGAGGAAAAACAAACCCUGGAAAAACAAACACCUGGAACCCUUGGAAUCUUGCACCACUCAGAGAUUGGGGUGUCGUGCAACAAAUACUGUUGAGUUGAACGCUGCAUUAAAUUAAACACACUUAACAUCCAUUUGAUUUCAGUGGCCUUAGGUGUGCUUCAAUCCACACAGGAUCAGGCUUCAAGUGUCCCUAGGAACAUGUCAAUUCUCUAUUUUCUUGACACCUUGCUUCCUUUUGAUGCAAGUGAUUGUUGACGCAAACUGUUACAUCCAAUAAGGUGCAUGGCAGAAGAGGGACCAGUUCUCAUUUAUCAACCAGCUGUCAGUGUUUCAGAUAAAACAUUUAGCUUUGAAAUCCAAUGCCUUGGCAUGUAAAAGGAUCUCUUGCACUCUGGCCCAGCAGCUCAGCCCCACGGGAAGCUGCUUGCUAGUACUGUGUUCUUUUUCUUAAAAAUUCAGUUCAGCAAUAUUGUGUUUCUAAGCAACAGACAAAUGGUUCAUUCUCUUGCUUUCCCCGAGCAAGGCUUUCAUUUCUGUUAAGGCUCAGCAGGACAAGCAAGAAAAGAAUAACAUCAUCUGGACAGAAGGCUUUUCUAAUGAUACGGAGUCAACGAAAUCCAGAACCUGAAUCUUUUUAAUAACCAUUGCAUGAGAAGAGUUCAUACCUAACUGGACCUUGCAACUGGCACGUGAAGAAAGAAUACACAUGUUAAUGGAGAGAAAACGUUUGAAACAAGAGAUUGAAAAGCUCUUGGGAGAUUAUGUUGGUGUUAGACUUCGAGAAAAUGAAUUUGACCCACAGGGAAAGAGGAAGACUACCUUUCUAGAUGACUUGGCUCACUAUGACCUGGCCAUAAAUGUUGCUUUACCUUGGCUCAAUGAUUCAGAAGCUCAAAUGCCUUGGGGAAAAGAAAAAAGGAAGCUACCAUUUCAUCGACGAUAUAUUUAUCCCAACCGAAUUGAAAGAGAAGCUAUGAUUUUAUCAUCUUAUGCCGGGAUGCUAAUGAACAGCAUUCCUGUUGAAGAUGUCAUUGGGAUUUAUACCACUGGAGCCUGUGCAACACAUUGGCAGAGUUCUGCAAAAGGUCACCGAAUUCAUCCUUGUAAUCUCUCACUGCAUCCUUUUGCCAUGUUGACAGCUCCCCAAGCUGCAGAACAUGCCAGGAAACAGAGUGUCAAGUUCCACAGGACAGAAGCAAACAGAAAUGCCACCAGCAACUCAAGAAAAACAAUGGACACAAUUUAGAAACAACCAGAACUUUUAGUUUAAAGAAAGGAAGAUCAUGAGAAAGUAGGUUUUUCAAAUUAAUCAAAUGAGACCAGACCCCACUAACAACAGAGCUUCUGGUUUCAGGCAGCCUGGUCCUAUCCAUGUUUACUCUUAAGUUCGUGGGCUUUCAGAUAGAAUUGCAGCCUUAAGGUGCUGUUGGAAGUUACAGCUGUGCUGUCCCAGAACCUUACAUUUAACAGGCUUCACUGUUGCUUUAGGAAUUCCUACAGGUGUUUAUCUCCCACCUCUAUUUAGAUAUUUUAGGCACAGAUUUCCAAAGUCCUGUGUAGUUAAUGAUAGAAUUCCUCCAUGGAGAUGCCCCUCCAUCGCUUUCCAUCUCACUUACACUCUGCCUCCUCUUGGAAUUUCACCAUUGUGGCAGAAACCUCUCUCCAGUCGAUAAAAGCAGGGGAAUGUCAUAAAUAAAAACAAUAAUUUAUCCAAUGCAGCCUUUUGAUUGCAGAUGUCCUUCCUAUCCAUGACCCUGAUAAGUUGUCCCAGUGCUUCUAAUCCCAGUCACAGUAGUUUAAUUAGCCUUCUCUGUUCUACUCAUAUUUAAACCUUAGAAGUUUCAUUUCUGUAAACACAGCAUACACAUGUUGCUUUUCCCUAUUGGCUACCAGUUUCAUGUGUUAGAAAAAAGGGAGCUUCAAGCACUAGGAGCCAGGGAGUUUCCAACAUUGCUUUAACAACAGUUGUAGCAGUUUAGUUUUUAGUUUUGUUUUCUUUCCACAACUCCAGUGCUUUUUUCUGGUGGUACUCAAAUGUAUGCCACAAAUAAAAAUAAAUUUGAUUAUCUCA